GGGCUGAAAAAGCUUUCCCAACUCAAACAGUGUCAUCCCACAAGAAUUUGUUUCAAGCCUCGGAAAAGGGUAGGGUGGCGUGGGGCGUAUGCCCCCUUGAAUUUGAAGGUUUUAUUUAAAUUGCUAUUUACUAUGACGCGUCCAGUAAUGAACAACUUAAGCCGACAAGGUUUUGCCCCCCCCCCCACCCCACACUCUGAAAAAACCUGAAAGGACGGCCCUGGAUUUACAAAACAAGAGUUGUAUGCAUUUAGAUGUUGUUGUUUUUUUUUUACAUCAAUAACUUUUAAUUUAAGAGUUUUAACAAAGAGUAAGUCCUAACGGAAAAUUCCAGAAAACCAUAUGUUUGUGUCUUUGUGUGUAUCUGGGUGUGUGUAGGAGUGUGUGUUUCUGUCUGCGUCUGUGUAUGUGUGUGUGUCUGUAUCUCUAUGUGUGUGUGUCUCUGUGUGUAUGCGUGUCUGUAUAAGAGACCGACCGAAUUUCGGUUUCGGCGCCGAAAGUGGCAAUUUUAUCACUUUCGGCCAAGUUUCGGUUUCGGCCGAAACUGAAAGUUAACUUUCGGCUUAAUUUUGGUUUCGACUGAAAGAGAAAAGUUAACUUUCGGUCUUUUUCGGUUUCGACCAAAAUUGACUUAGAGUUUCGGCCAUCCGGCCGAAAGUGACUGAGGUUUUUCGUCAUCUAAUAGUCAGCGAAAGCGAUAUUUAACAACAAAAUAAGUGACAUUUAAGAACAAAUUAAACGAUCUUUAAAACAAACUAAGCGAUCUUUAAGAACAAUCUAAGCGAUCUUUAAUUAAAAAAAACUAAACGAUCUUAAAGAACAAACUAAGCGAUUUUUUGAGAACGAACUAAAGGAUCUUUAAGAACAAAACAAAUGAUCUUUAAUAGUAAACUAAAUAAUUUAUAAGAAUAAAUUAAGGGAUAUUUAACAGAAAACUAAUUGUUCUUUAGGAACAAACUAAAAGAUCUUUAUGAACAAGCUAAUCGAUCUUAAGGAACAAAAUAAAUUAUCUAUAAGAACAAACUAAGCGACCAUUAUGAAAAAGCUAAGAGAUCUUCAACAACAAAUAUACGAUCUUUAAGAACAAACUAAACGAUUUUUAAUAAAAAACUAAAAGAUCUAUCAAAACAAACUAAAAGAUCUUUAAGAACAAAAUGAAUGAUCUUUAAGAACAAAUAAGCAAUAUUUAAGAACAAAAUGAAUGAUCUUUAAGAACAACUAAGCAAUAUUUAAGAACAAAAUCGAUGAUCUUUAUGAACAAACUGAACGAUCUUUAAUAACACAAACUAAGCGAUCUUUAAGUGAAACUUCGCUAUCUUUUUUGAACAAACUAAAUGAUCUUUAAACAAAAACUAAGCGAUCUUAAAGAAAAAACUAAGUGAUUUUAAAAAACAAAAUCAACGAUUUUUAACAACAAACUAAGCGAUCUUCAUGAACAAACUAACCGAUCUUUACAACAAAUAAAGCGAUUAUUAACAAAAAACUAAACGAUCUUUAACAACAAGAUGUUAUAUUGGAUGUGUAUUUAUUAAUAUUCAAGAUUAUCUCAUUUUUUUAUAAAAAGAAUGUAAAUAUUUAUACUUCCCCCAUCAAUUUCGAUGUAUGCAGAAUGUAUGCGGGAACGAAUUUCAAAAUAUCUAAAUAAUUCAUUUUCGGUUUCGGCUUCGGCCGAAAGUCAUUUUUAACUUUCGGCCUUUUUUCGGUUUCGGAAAAUAGGCUUCAGCCGAAACCAGAAAAUCACUUUCGGUCGGUCUCUAGUCUAUGUUUGUGUAUAUAUGUGUGUGAGUGUGUAUGUGUGCGUGCGUGUUUGAGCGCGCGCGCGUGUGUGUGUGUGCUUGCAAAGGCUUAAGACUAAUAUCAUAUUAGUCAUAUUAGAUUUAUUUGAAUGAAAUGCUGUGACCUAGUUUCUGGUGCAACUUUUAAAUUUUAUGAAAUGAGUUUAAAUUAUAGAAAACCACAAGUUUCUACAAUAAUUUAUUUAAGGUAUGUUGUAUUAUUAAGCAAAAAAUGGGAAUUUAUGCGGACAGUUAAAUAUGUAGACCAAAGAAUUAUUUCAAAUAUGUUUCGUAUGGAAAAUAUUUUCAAUGUUCUUUUAUAUUAAAUGGAAAGAGACAGACCAAUCACUAUCAAAUCCAAAUUAAAGCUGUUAUCGUUUUCGUUAUCAGAUUCCAUGUUCCUUGGGAACACCAGCAACCUAAAUUUCGCUGUAAACAAUCUACCGAAUGAAUGCUCCCAUGGUUUGACCGUGACCCAGAACAGUCUUAUCAUCAAGUUCUCUGGUAAGAAGAGCGGUUUCAAUCUUUAAGGAGGUUGGCAGCCCAGAGACUUCAGUAAAUUAAAAGACACAACAAAAAACACCAAAAAUUGUUGAGUCGUUUACGUCAACUCAAUGUGGAGAUGAAAAGUCAUGGAUACUUAGGAAUGGAAGGAUGUGGGAGGAGCAGGAUAGUUCCUUCAACGCUGUAGUGCCACUGAUGAUGAUCAUGACAGUUAACCUUAAGUAUAUUAUAAUUAUGUUAUUAUUACACCGAACUUACUCUGCUUCAACGAUAUUCAUAUAAAGAUGGAAAUUUUCAUUUUCUUUCUUCAAGGUCAUUAUUACAUCUACUGCAGCAUUCGCUUUCGCCAAACUGAUAUUAACUCGCCAACAAAAAGUGUAAGUAUUUGUAGAGGUGAUUGAUUUCUUACACCUCCUCUUAAAAUAUCCCACAUUCAUAGAACAUAAUAAACCUAAUAAUUGUUGAAUAUAAAUGUUAUAAUAAUGUAAUAUACCAAGAUCUUUUGACAACAUGAAAAUCGGGGAUAAAAUAAAGAUCCAAAAUUAAACAAAUCAAUAUUUUUUUAAUAAAUUUAUUGAACUUGAAAUAAAGAUCUAAUAUAACAACAGCCGCGUUAACAUUAUUUCAUUGAGAAGGUACCAACAUCUUGUCUCCGUGACCAAUAGUGAUUUGUGAAAAUAUAACGAUUACGUGUCUUCUUGCCUAAUUGCGUCUCUUUUCAAAUAUGACAGUCUCGCAAAGUUCAUUUUCUUUAAUUAAAAAUUUAGCAAAACAAUUUUGAUAACUGUGUCUUUUUUUCAGUACGCGUCAUUUUUACACAGGAUAAAUUCUGGAGAACCUGAAAGAACUGGAGUGCUUCUGAAAUCUGUCAUCACGGGAUUAAAGAGCUCUAAGGACACUACAUUCAUGGGUCAGCAGACAUCUCUUUAACUAUUGAGUAGUGAAUAUUAAUUAUCGGAAAUACAAGUUUAAUUCUUAAAAGUUUCUAAGGAUUUGUUUGUUUCUUUUUUCUUUUUUUAAAAAGCAAACACUUAUACUUUGUAAGACUCAGAUGGUACUGUUUAAAUUAUAAAGUUACAAAACGUCAGAGCAUCAUGGUCUUCAAGGUAUAACUGUGGAUAGAAGACGUAUCUUCUUCUUCUUCUAUAUCUUAAGGGCCCACGAUCAAUUUAUUGAUCAUUUUGGCUCCUAUGCAUGUAGAUGGGAUUUGCAAUGUUUCUGUUACUGGUGGUGAUGAGGAAAUUAUGCACUAGGGGUUUGAAGGCUUGAGGCAAUAGACACAAAUGUGUCUAGUGUUGUCGUAUUAUUCUCUUUAUAAAUAUUAUCAAACAAUUUGCCUCGUAUUUCUAUAAAGAAAAAAAAAAAUCUUAAUGGCUAAAUUGACUUCACUAUUUUUGCAGGUGGUGUCUUCUUCUUAAGAGAACAUGACAUAAUACAAGUCGUUGUGACCGAUUCAGACAGCGUCGACUACAAAAGUGAGUCUACGUUCAUAGGAUUGUUUCUACUGGCCAGUCGCCGAACAUUGAUGCCUGGUUGAAAUUGACUUAAACAACCGGGCUUGUCUUGUCCAGGGGGUCACAUUCGCCUAAAGCUGUUUAGCUUCAGAGUAUUUUAAUUUACAAGUUCAAUAGCAGAUUUCAGUGCGCCUUUUACUAUAAUUCGAUGAUACAAAAUAAGAAAUAUCUUUUUUUUAAAAUGAUAACAUAAAUUUCAAAAAGAAUGCAAAUUGAUUACAAAUAAUCUUUACAGAGAUUAUUUUAAUCUGUAAUAUAAUAUAAUCGUUAAAGAUAGCUAUCUACCGGAACAAUGUUGCAAGACUAUUUCAACUUCUAAAU